AUGUCUGUCUCGUCAGUGUCACUGAAUUCCGAUGCAAACGUCAGAUAUCAAAGACUAGCUUCUGAAUAUGGAAAGUUGCGAACGCAGGCGAAAGUAUUGCGAGAGGGAGUCCUAUCAGAACGUGAAAAGUCUGAAAAACUUACUGAGGAAUUGAAGCUUAAGGAAGCCAUAAUUCGUAAGUUGAUGACUGAAAAUGAAAGUUUGCAAUUUCGAAAUGAUCAACUUGUCAAAAGAGUGGAAAAUUUGCAAAAUGAAGUCGAUGCUUUGGCGAAACCCAAUUUCGAUAAUGAAAAACCAACGAAAAAGAAUGCAAGUACAAAAAAAGCAGCGAAUACUAUUGAAGUUCUUACCACUAAAGUAGAAGUUCUUGAGGGUGAAUUGCGACUGAAAUUGAUGCAAAAUGAAAAGCUUGUCUCACAGAUAAAUGAAAAUGACCAAUUGCACGAGAAAGAGAUGGUCCAACUCUCUGAAAAAUUCGCUAAGGAAUAUCGAGCGUUGGAGUUAAAGCUGGAGCAAUUAAAAUCAAGUUCAAAUGUCGUCAUUCCUGAUAAGAAAAUUGUGAAAAGUGAGAAGGAUAGUAAGCCGAUGGAAGCAGUGAAACCAUUUGAGAAAUCUGUUAGCGAACAAAUGGAAAUGGAAAUUGCUAGUCCGGUACCGCCGCAAUCGGCUCAAGAAGCCACUCUAAUGGUUGCGGAAACAGCAAAAACCGUUCUAUAUUCGCUUCAUACGUUUUUCAAUUUAAUGCAACAACGAUCAGAAAUGUAUCCGUACGACGUCACUUUAGAAGUGUUACCAAAACAUGUUGAAAAGAUUUCGUCGGAAUAUGCGCAAUGCGCGAGACUGUUCCUCGAAUCAUCAGAGGUUGUUGACGAAUUUUUGCAAAAUUCAAUUAUCGAGAUCGAUAAUGAUUUGCCUAAAUUGAUGUCGAAAAUUGAUUUAAUUUCAAAGCACUGUAAACGAUUGUUGCUCGACUUGGUUAAAUUAAUGAAUAUCGAAGAAAAUAAGGUCAAUUGGUGCACAAAACCGCUAACUGAACUUAAUGAUGAAUGGUUUAAAUUAAUGGAUAGGUUAUUUGCUUCCUUCGAAAAUGUACAUAGUGCCAUGAGUAUGUCGACGAGUUCCUUGAUUGUUGAAGAACUUGGAAAUUUCAGUGAGCUAUGCGCAGAAAUGUCCAGCACUUUUUCGCGGCGGUGGUUGCUAGAAUCUCGACUUCCGACAACGACGAAACGACUAAGAUGCAUUGGAUCCGCUCUGGAAAAUUCUAUUCGUCAUUUGUCUUCUGAAGUAACAAAAUUGCACGCCAGAGCAUGUACUCUUCAAAAAAUUACAAAGCCAGCAGUUGCUGAGAACGACGAACCAAAUGAUUCUAAUCCGUUUAACGAUGACAUUGAGAAUGGAGUUGAUGAAAAAACGAUUACGGAUGGAGUCGAGAGAAUUGAUAAUGAAAAUGCAUUAAGCAAUGAUGAAAAACCACGGGAGGAGGCUGAAAUGUUACGUGAAAAAGUCAAAGAGCUUCAAGUUGAAAGAGAUAAACAUAUUGUUGAUUUUUCUCUUCUCAAAAGAAAAAUUGAGCUGGCGAAUGGAAAUAAGACAUACAGAAUUGACCUGUCCGAAAUCGAUAAAUUCCGAGAAAUUGGUAGAGAACGGACCACGGAAUUGAUGCAAUUGGCUUUGAAGGCGGACCAUGCAGCUCGAUAUUACAAGCAAGAGUGUGAAAUGCUCAUAACCAUUCAUUUGUCAAUUGAAAAAGACCAAGAAAAGAUUUUAAAUGAAAUGGAAACAAUGCGACAACAAAAACGUGUGCUUGAGGAAGAAAUAGAAAGCAUUCGAAGAAGCUAUGAAAAUCAAAUUCGAGAACUCAGCGAUCAUAUUGCGAACAUGGCGAAGGUCGCUGAAAAUGAAAAUGUUGACAAUCAACAAGAAAGAAGCACAAAGGGGAGGUCAACUCUCAAAUCAUUCUUCAAAUCAUAA